AUGCUCAUGUUGAGGUGUCCUCCAGUAAGCCCCUACGUCAUUCAAAUGUACGAGUGGUUUGAUCGGCCCAAGAUCUUCUCUCUUGUUCUGGAGUGCCCUCAACCAUGCAUGGUCCUGCGAAAGUUCAUCAAGGAUUCGUCAGGACUGAUCGAACUGAUCGCAUGCAGCUUAAUGCGCCAGUUAGUCCUGGCGGUGCAGCACUGCAUAGACCACGGCGUUUUUCACAACGACAUCCACGCUGACAACAUCCUGGUGAACACAGAUACUCUGGAGCUGAAGCUGAUUGACUUCGGCGCCGCUCACCUGCUUGAGGGCGCAGGCUACGACAGCUGGAAAUAUUUAGGAGCAGUAGAGUACUGUCCGCCAGAGGCUUUGUCGGAGCCCAAAUACUACGCCGUCCCAACAAACGUCUGGGCUCUGGGCACUACGCUGUAUUUGAUGGUGAACAGGCGGCUGCCCUUUUCCCACGUCCAGGAAACAUUGAAAGCCUCUCCUAAUUCUUGGAAGUCCAGCGUAUCCGUCGGUUCUUCAGUCAAGUAG